AUGCCUUUCGGACCUAAGCUGAAGUUUGAGGGUACGCUCGAGAAGCUUAAGCCUUUAGAGACGUUCGGGGAAGACGACAAGUUGGAAGAGACCGAACGCCUUGAGAAGGGAAACGACCAGGCUGGAGGUAAUGGAACACUGGGCCAUGAGCUGGAAAACAUCCCGGACCACGUCGAAGGCAGUGAUGGCGCCUCUCUGACUAGCGGCACCGACACAAUGACUACCAUCGAUGCCGAUUUUGUGACCCGCACUGCCGACACUGAAAUCUUCCCAGCGUUGAACACAGACAAUGAGGUGCUUCGAGGGAUGACUACGGCGAUGCGAGCUGGCAAUGGCGAGUUCAACUACAGGUUCAAGGAGUUGACCACCGGCAAGGAUGCGAAGGAGACGCUUUAUAAGAGUCUUCUAAACCAGCGCGCAGAGAUGCAUGUGAUGAUUGAGAAAUACGGAACUCCACCAACAAUCUUCAAGCGCGUUCAUUUUGUAAAGGACUUCAACGAUAUCCGAGGUGGGGAAGUGUCUGGCAUACACAAGGAGCUUGGCGAGGAUCUUUGGAAGGCUAUCGAGGCCAAGAAUCCGGAAGCCUUUGCAAACUUUUACGACACCGUUGGCACCCGGCUCCGCUUCGAUAGCGAGCUCAAAGCUCACCCGCAAAGCGGCAGGCCACAACUCAAGACAGAAGAGGAGCUCCAGCAGGUGGACAAAUACAAGCGUUUCCAGAACCGCACCAAACGUUUCAUCAUUGCCCGCAACGCUCUCCGGUAUGCGGAGAAGAAGGCUCUGGCAGCCUACGGAAAGCAGAUUGAGCCAGCAAUCAAGAUGGCCCAGGGAGGUGAAACGGUCAAAUGGUUUUAUGAAUGA